AUGUCACAUUUAAAUAAAAUCCAUCGAGUAACAAUUAUCGGUGCUGGUAUUAUUGGUUUAACAACAGCUUGUACUCUAUUAAAAGAAUAUUCGACAAAUGAUAAUCUUCAAUUAACAAUAAUCAGUGAAACAUUUACACCUGAUACAACUGCUGAUAUUUCAGCUGGACUUUGGGAGAUAUAUGGAAUAGAAAAUAUUGAUGAACAGACACUUCGUCGAGCUGGUUAUACAUAUGAUAUAUUUCUUAGUGAAUAUUUUUCUACUAAAGCUGCUCGUGCUGGUAUUAUGAAAAUUUCAGCAUAUAUACUUCAUGGUUAUAAUAAUCAAAAUUCAGAUGAAAUUGAUCAUACAACACUUGUAAAACCGGCACAAGCAGAAUUAGUUCGACAUUUUCGAUGGUUAGAUAAACAUGAAAUUAAUAUAUUUGAUCAUUUGAAACCAACAUCAGGUUUUGUUAUGUCAACAAUUACUGUUGAAGUGAAGAAAUACUUAUUGGAAUUACAACGGUUUCUUUCACAAAAUAAUCGAGUUAAGAUUAUAAAAAAGAAGAUUCAUUCAUUCAAUGAAUUAAAAAAUACAGCUGAUGUUAUUAUUAAUUGCUCAGGUAUAGCUUCAAAAUAUUUAGCUGAUGAUGAAACAGUUCGACCAGCACGUGGACAAAUUAUUCGUGUUCAUGCACCAUGGAUUAAAUCAGUUUAUGUAUUUGAUACAGAUGAUGGUAUGGGUUAUAUUAUACCACAAGCUGAUUCGGUUGUAUUAGGUGGAACGUUUCAAUUAAAUGAUUGGAAUACAAAUAUAGAUGAAAAUGAUACUCAAAAGAUUCUUCGUACAUGUAUAAAAUGUUUACCGGCUCUUGAAGAUAUUCAUAAGGGAAAAGUACAAGUUGGAUUAAGACCUUAUCGAGAUAAUGGUGUACGUCUUGAACAUGAAAAAACAAAUGAUGGAAUAGAUAUUGUACAUUGUUAUGGCCAUUCUGGUUCAGGUGUAACACUUUCAUGGGGUUGUGCAAAAGAUGUAGUUGAAAUAGUCAAAACUUUGAUACCAGCUAAUUCAAAACAGGAAAACCACGGAAAAAAUAAUAUAUCAGAGCAUAAAUUAUUAUGGCGUCUUGUGCCUAAUCCAGAACAUAUUCUAUUAACAUCUAAGAUUUGA